CAUCACGCUGCUAUUUGCGCCACCAGCAUAUUCCAACGCCUUCGCCGAUGUCAUGAGAACGCAUCCUUCAUGCUCCGCCAGGUUAUUCAAGGAGCUUGGCGAUAUCGUUAUUCAGCCUGCUCCAAAAAAUGCUUGAUUACACGGUCCUCUUUCCUCCGCCGUCCAUUCUCCGCUUCACCAUCGCAAUAUGUUCGAAAUGUCGGGCGGGGUGAUAAGAUUCGCUUCUUUGAACAAGAUAGCAUUGGAAGCAAGAAUAGAGUUGAGAUCGAUCCUGAUGCAGACGAUGCUGCUGAUCGGGAGGAUAUGAAAGACGAGCUGGCGAAGCUAGACAGUGAAUUGGAAAGCUUGAAGAAGGGACCGUUUGACGUCGACAGCCCUUUUAUACAAAAUCUUCCAGAGCCGGAUCGAAAACUUGCUAUUGAAGCUCUUCGUAAAUAUGAAGCGGAACACGGCCAGGAGGCCCACAUUGGCGAGGGUACAGGACUUGAAAAAGUAUUCGACAAAGAGCUUGACGACAUGAUAAAGGAGGAGUUUGAAGGGUUGGCCAAGGAAGAAGAAGACAGUUGGGAUCUUAGAAAACCAUUAAUUGAGACAGAUUGCCCAGUCGCAGCGACUGAGACGGAAAAUGUUCCCACACAAAGUCAUCCUUAUGAACAUCGGUUCAGAAACUAUCUCGAACUAGCGAUAACCCAGCCGGACACAUCGAAUAUACAUGAGCUAUGGAGAUGGUAUCAACGCAGUAAAAAUAACAUCCCAUCGUUUCUAGAGUCGUUACCACCAGAUGUUCUUCGGUCAUUGUGGAAGGCUCAUGUUCAAGGUCCACAGCCUACACCUAACAAAUUAACUCAUAUGCAAGUCCUUGUGGAAGACUUUAAGUCUAUCGGAAGGACUCUCUCACCGGAUGAAACACUGGAAUAUGUUGAAGUAUUGCAUUCUGGAGGCGAUACUGAAAAAGCGUUACAAAUGUGGGAAGAACAACAAGUCCUUAUCAGCAGUGGCGAAGGCGACAUAGAUGCGUAUUGGAAUAUGGGGGUCCGACUUUUUGCAGCGAGCGGCGAUCCACAAAGAGCUCAAGACAUUGCAUUUGCCUUUCUUUCAAAUAGUGAAAGUCGUGGAUGUCGUUUUGCACGAAUUUUGAUACCCAUCAUUACGGCCUGGACAAAGCAAACCGAUAAGGUCGCGACUAACAAAGCUUGGGCUAUUUAUCUUCAACUCAGAACUCUGCUGGGCUCGGAAAUGACAAUGGGGGAUUAUGAUGAAAUUAGCAUUGGUCUCUUGCACAAUGGAAAGGUUGACCUUGCGCUAGCUGUGUUCAAGGAUAUGAUGAUUACAGGGGGAGACUCUGCAAAUGACUCUACUGCUAUAUUUACGAGAGCUAUUGGCCUUGCAGGGCAUUUGAAGUCAUCAAAUAUCAAAGAAGAAGAUGUCAAUAAGAUAUCCCUGUCAGCGCUCACUUUUCUACCCCGACGCCUCCAGAAUAAAUUCUUCUACGCCAGCUGGAUGAAAAAGCUGAUUGGCAUGGGCGAGGUUGAUUCGGCCGCAUCAGUGGUAGAACUAAUGUUCGAAAGGGGUGUUCGACCUGACGCAAUACAUCUCAAUGGCAUCAUUAGUGGUUGGCUUCGUCAUGGAAGUUCUUUAUCAAGGGACAAAGCUGAACAACUUGGCUGGUCUAUGAUUCAACAUCGAAUUGAUACUGUCUGGAACCGGCUACAACCUUCACCAGAUUCAUCGAAACCUUCAAUUCCUUCAAUGACGGAGGAACCUCGAGUCCCCCAGUUUCUAAAGAGGACGCUUCCUCCGGCAAAUAUCGAGACUUUCUCUAUUUUGCUUCUUCAUUACACCCGUCGCGGUGACGAUGGUAUGAUUCGAUAUCUUGAAAAAUGUCUCGAUGAUUCCCAAAUCCGCCCAAACUCAUACUUCAUGAAUCAUCUUCUCUAUGCCGAGCUACGCAAACACCGAAUCGGUCCCCUUUGGCAGCAGUUCCAAUCCAUGAGCACUCAGGUCCAGCCAGAUCUAGAGACUUUUGCCUGCCUCUGGGACUGUGGCAAGCUUCAAUAUGACCGAUCCAGAAGAUCCAGAAUGCCAUACGAUCCAAACUUCCCACCCGUCCGCCAGCUGUUCUCGAUGAUGAUGCACUGGUACACAAGCCUCAAUCCCCGCGCAAAACAGCAGACGCAUGCGGAGUUCUCAAAAGAGCUCUAUGACCAAAUCACCCUUUGCUUCUGUCUAUCCAAAGACCUCUACGGCACUCUGGUUUCACUAUAUGCUCUGAGAGAUAUAUUCGGCUAUUACCCGGACAGCGAAACAGCACGUAUGCUAGUCCUGCAAAUCACGAGCAUGGCUGGUAUCCCCGGAAACACUCCGAAAAAGGCCAGACGCCGGCUAUCUUCAACACCCCGCCACAAAGAAAAUAUACAGAACGUGCAAACAUUACUACAAGUUCUAGAAGAGCGAAAGGCAUCAGCGCUACAAGCGCAGGGGCUUAGCAUUGACGAACUCAGCGAAGACGAACGAAAACAGUAUCAGCUAGAAAUUCUAGGUGAUCUUAUUAUCUCCGUGAUCGAACGUACUUGGACCGGCCCAGACCAUAUCAAGGAGCAGAUCACAACAGCUAUGCAAGAAAUGGGUGCAAGGGUUGAUGGCUUACCGAGUUCAUAAUAAGCACUAGAGUAUGUGUUAAUUCGUUCUAUGUACAUAAUUACAAUUUCUCUCAGUUAGAGUUCAGUCCACUCUCGCAUUUGUGCGGCUUUGUACAAUAUCUCAUAUCUCCAAAAAUCAAUUGUACAAUAUUAGAUGCCUUCUGGGACGCAUAAUAGCUACAUAAUUGAAAUCUG